UUUCAUUUUUAUAUUGUAAAAGAAAAAAACAACUCUUGUGACCACAAUCAUCAUUAAAAGCCUAACGUUACUAUUUUCGAAAUUGUUUGGAGCCAAACGGCUUUUAAACUUGUCACAUGUUUUUCUCUCUGGGUGUCAUGCAUGUCAGUUUCUGAGUGAGUAGCUUUGGUUCAUUAUAUGCCAUCUUAUCAUCAACAUUCCUCACCCUCCUCCUCUUCCCAACAGAGAUGGGUUGUUUCAUGGCAUGUUUUGGUUUAUCCAACAAAAGGAAGCGUAGAAAGACUCUCUACAAAGUCUUAGCAGCUGGAAAUCAACGAUAUGGAAAUUACGAAGUUCUUGCCAUAACGGAAAAAUCCACUUUGCCGGAAUCUGAUUUCCGAGGCAGAGAUGAAGUUAAGGAGCAGAUCAGUAAUAAGAGCAGGAAGAAGAAAGUUACCUUUAAUUUGAAUGUACAGGUAUAUGAGCCAAACCCCACUGCUUAUCAGGUAUUGAAUAAUGAAGAAGAAGAGGAUAAGAACAAUAUUGCUGAGUCAGAGAGCUCUAGAGCCUUGCCAGUGAUAUACCCUACAAAUCAUAGAUAUUACAACUGUGGAGAUGGUCAUGGUGAGGAGGAUGACAUGGCAUAUGAGGAUUCUGACAUUGAUGACUAUGAUGAUGAUGGUGAAUUUGAUGAUGAUGAGUAUGAUUGGGAUGACGAUGGGAGUGAUGGAAGUUUAGAAAACGAUGAGUCUGAGAUAUAUGAUGAAAAUCCGAGACAGAAGGAGUUGUCAGAGUCAUGCUAUCGUUCUAUGGCAGAAGAUAAGGUACAGAAUCAGAUGCCGGUUGAUCCAAAUCAUGCUGAGCGGAAAUCUAAUUUAGGUGGACGAGAGAGAAGCAUCGACAUGCAUUCUGUUCUGAGUCCUGUGGAGAAUCUCACGCAGUGGAAAGCGAUCAAAACAAAAGUUGCAGCAUCGAGCAAGCACAGGAGGAAGGAAAACGUUCCAUCAAAUCAACAAACAAGUAUGCCCUUGGUUCCUGAAGCAAACUUGAAUUUCUCGCCUUGCAGUUUGGAAUCAAAUGCACUUCAGUCCAAGCCUCUGUUGCCAGACAUGGCAGUUGAUGCUAGCCUCUCAAACUGGUUGGUUUCUCCUAAUUAUCAUGUCUCCUCGACCACAAUUCAUUGCCAAUGAUGCGGUCAUGUCAUUGAAAGAAAAAAAGAAACUUAAAAUAUAUCAAUUCUGUGGACUACAAAGCCUUUUUUUGCCACCAGAAUGGGCAACGACUUCAAAGGAGGACGCAUCAGAUUUUGAUUCUUCUCAUGAUUAUUCAUUCAGCAAAUCAGUAUAUGCCAGUUGGGAUGGUUUGAUUGUAUUUGUGUGUCUAAUUCUUGCCCUGUAUUUUGUUGUUUUGUGAAUGGUUACGUUGUAAGCCAUGGAGAGUGUAUUUGUCUUUUUUUAUCUUCAUGUUGCAGCUAUACAAUUUUAAGUGUUCUGAAUUU